AUGGGUUCAGUUACUCCCGACAAGCUUCCCAACCAACCCUUCCCGGUUAAAAGUCUUGAUACGGAACCUAUUUUAGCUAAAUACAGAGAAGAACGAGCUAAGCGUAUCCGUAAAGACGGACCUAGCCAAUUCAUCCAACCCGAAGGCAGCCUUUCAUAUUUCAAAGAAGACGUCGGUGCUCCACCUUUAACUCGCGAUCCCAUCAAUGUAGAAACUAAAGUUUUGAUUGUGGGUGCUGGGUUUGGGGGAUUAGGUGCGGGUGUGAAGUUGAAGAAUCAAGGGGUGGAGGACUUCUUGAUUGUGGAGAAGGGAGCAGGUUACGGAGGCACUUGGUACUGGAAUCAAUACCCUGGCGUAAGUUGUGAUGUAGAGGCUUUAAUUUAUCUUCCCUUCCUCGAGGAAACUGGCUAUAUACCUAAAAGCCGCUUCCCUCAGGGCCCUGAAAUUCGUGAACAUAUGUCACGUAUUGUCGAAAAAUGGGAUAUUGCACCAAAAACGCAUCUCCAAACUGAAAUUACUUCGAUCGUCUGGGAUGAAUUUAUCCUCCGCUGGCAUAUCCAUACCAACCAUGCCGAUCACUUUGUUUCUCAGUUCGUGGUUCUGGCAACAGGAACAUUACAUCAGCCUCAUCUUCCCGGAAUUCCAGGGAUCGAGGAUUUCAAGCGUGAUCAUUUCCAUUCCAGCCGCUUUGAUUACGGAAUAACUGGUGGAGACCCAGCUGGUAAUAUGACAAAGCUAGCUGGAAAGACGGUGGGAAUCAUUGGCACGGGUGCAUCUGCAGCUCAGCUAGUACCAAAAUUGGCCCAAGAUGCAAAGAAACUCUACGUAUUCCAACGGACUCCCUCGUCAAUUACCCCACGUCAUAAUCAACCUCCAGAUCCCUCUAUCAUCGCAUCUCUAAAACCUGGAUGGCAAAAAGCAAGAAUGUCAGAUUUUGCCAACAUCCUCCAAGGAGAAAAUUUAGACGUAGAGUCUACGGCGUUGGAAGGUCUUGAUGUUUUGACAAUGAGAACGAUAUUGAAAGAAGCAAGAAAAGCAGGAAUUGAGCCUAAGCCAGAGAAUAUCCCGGAGUUAUAUCGGCAAGCUGAUUUUACACUUAUGGAAAGUCUUAGGAAACUUAUUGAGGAUACGGUAACAGACAAGGAGACUGCAGACAAAUUGAAACCUUGGUAUGCGUUUAUGUGUAAACGGCCUGUGUUCCACAAUGAUUACCUACCAGCAUUCAACAAACCGAACGUCGAACUUAUUGACACAGACGGAAAAGGAGUUUCUCAUCUUACUGACUCCGGGGUUGUUGCCAAUAAUAAGGAAUAUGAAGUCGAUCUCUUAAUCUUUUCAACUGGAUUCGAGUUUGAAACAGCAUCAACCUUCUACCGACGAACUGGAAUCCAUCUCGUCGGGUCCAAAGGUCAAACUUUUGAUGAGAAAUGGGCGGGUGGUCCUUCUACAUUAUUCGGUAUUCACGUUCGCGAUUUCCCAAACUUGUUUCUUAUUGGGCCUGUCCAAGCCGGCGUUACGGCAAAUUCGACUCAUACAGUUUAUGUAGCUGCGGACCACAUCGCGGAGGUAGUUGCAGGUUGUCUAAAAGAGGAGAUGGACUUCCAAGCUAUUGAGCCAACAGAAGAGGCUGAAGAAGAUUGGGGAAAACAGAUUGAAGAAGGAAGGGAGGCGAGAUUGGAAUUUGCCAAGGGAUGCCCGCCGGGGUACUAUAAUAAGGAAGGAAAACCAGAGGAUAUCCCGGCUCGAUGGGGAAUGUAUCCAAAGGGAAUUGAGGUAUACACGAAAUUGAUUAGGGAAUGGAGAGAGGAGGGGAGUAUGAAGGGAUUAGAGAGGCGGUAG